AUGAACACUAUUGCUGAUCAUGUUUCGGCCUGUUUUCAAGAGUUCAACAGUUUCUGCAGCUCUCCUGCAAUAUGGCAAAAUGGCAUCCCCGAUGAUGGUGCCCGGAGCGAUAUAUCUCUCUUGAAGCUGCAGAACGAGCUGAGCAGAUUCAAAGUUUGGAGUGGCAACAUUGGCGCUCAUAAAAAAGGAAGAAGUUCACUUGAUCAUCGGCUGCGAGAUGCGUCAAAUAUCCGAGAUCAGGUGGUCGAGCUCUUGGAGGACUUGAAAGAGUCUCUACGAGAUGUAAAAGCCGACGUAUCCGGACCAUCUGAGCUCUCGCAGAUAUUCGCUGCCAUCGUUGAAGACAUCAACUGCCUGUUCAGACUAUCUGUGUCCAUUCAUAACCCUUCUCCUCACGAUCGCUUCAAGAAAGCCUGCUUGACUGAUACAUCUGGCUACGAGCCAUUUGACGUCCAGCAUGUGUGUAACAAACUAUCCAAGGCCCCGAAACCUAUCGCAGAGAGGCUUGGAAAGGCUAUCUCUCGACGAAGGCAGUACUUUAAAUACAGAGAACUGCAUCAUGAAAAGUUGGCAAGUGGGCUCCAUCUCGAUGGCAAGGACCAGAUGCAGAGUACUGUAGCCUCUUCAUUGCCAAAGAAGCUUAAUGUGAAUGAGUCUAUAUCUUUGGAGGAGGAGGUGGAUGAUGCAUCGGAUACUGGAAGAUCACAGACGUCUUGGGCAACAUCUGCUGCGAAUCCAGAGAGACGGAAGAUACCUGCCCUUCCAGAGGAAGCCGAGAAUGGACCUUUCGAAUGCCCAUUUUGUUUUAUGAUGAUAUCUGUCUCAUCAAGGAAUCAUUGGAAGAAACACGUAUUCUCAGAUCUGUUUCCUUACAUUUGCGUCGAGCUGGGCUGUCCCGCCCCAGACCAAGACUUUCAGAGACGCCACCAGUGGGCGGGACAUGUCAAGAAAUACCAUUGGAAAAUAUGGACCUGCAAGCUUGGAUGCAACAAGACCUUUAACUCUUCGCAAGAUGUGAAACAGCAUUUAGCGGAAAAGCAUUCGGAUGCCACUGAAUUGACUCACCUCGUCAGUCUUCUGACCAUGUGCGAGAGGACCAAGUCAGAGAACGAGCCAGCAGACUGCCCUCUGUGCGGAGAAAGACAAUCUUCAUUUAAACAAUACCAACGGCACGUUGGUCGUCAUCAAGAGGAACUUGCUCUAUUCGCAUUACCGCACCUUGAAGGAGAAGAAGAUGAAAAGAACCACGAGUCUGAUUCCGAGUUCGAGGGAAAUGAAGAAGUGGAGUCUGAAGAAAAAGACGAGUUGCAGAAAGCCAGCUCUUAUGUCACCCGACUUUCCAACGAGAGCGAAGAUGAGGCUACGGAUGUAUCCGAGCCAAGCAUUAGAUAUGCCACAGACGUAAUUGUCGAUGGCUUUGGUCUCACACUGCCCGAAUCUCGCCCAUGGAAGUGUCCGAUUCCGACCUGUACAUAUCAUGAUCACGGGUGGUUUACCGAGCGUGAUAGAGACCGCCACUACCGCGAGAAGCAUUCCGAAACCCCUGCCAUUUACGAGUGCAUGUUUAAGCCUUGUACCUACAAGUCAAAACGAGAAACGAACUGUAAGCGGCACAUGGAGAAGGCUCACGGUUGGACCCAUAUCCGUCCACAGGAGGCUGACAAGAAGCUGCCUUCGAUAUCAGAUAUGGGGAUAGAUACGGCCAUUGAGCAGCCGAGAAAAUCUCUGGACACAGACACCGCAGAUGAGUCUUCUGAGCACCGAAAAGACCCUAUAAUGCACCACCGCAUCGAAAUGAAAGCCCCUAUCCUGAACAGAGGAAGUUUCGAGCCCGCCAAUGUUGACGUUCUGCACCUUAGACACAAGGAAUCCUUAUACACAUUGAAGUUUCCGCGAAAUGACAUCGGAGAUGGCAAGCUGCGAGUGUCUAAGAUCAGAGAGCUCGCAGCGGGAAUGACAUACGUCCCUGAGAGCUUCAGACAUCUGGUCGAACUUUCUUGCAACGACGUUAAACUGCUGAUUGAUGGUACGCCCAUUCGGAACUAUGGUGUAUCAAGGGGUGAUACAAUAAAGGUUGAAGCACCGCAAUUCAGAAAGCCUGGCCAGUUCAGCGGUCCAGCUAAUCAUGAUCCUGUGCUGGAUAAUGGGCACGGCACUGAGGGAAACAUGGGACUCGAGGGGAAAGCAGAACGUGACGAGCGCCGAGCAGAGUUCUCCUCGGAGUUACGACAGAGAGCCAUGGUGGAAUCUUUUGGCUAUCAAAAGGCCCCUGCAAGCUCCGACCCACAGGAUGAAUCAAGAGAAGAGACAGAUGGCAAAAGGAAUAAUAUUCGUAAAAGGACAAAAACUGGAUGUUUAACAUGCCGUAAGCGUCGAAUAAAAUGCGAUGAAGGAAGGCCGAUAUGCAGUAACUGUAUCAAAUCUAAACGCCAUUGCGAGGGUUAUAACCAACUUAUUAGCUAUGGGGGCUCUAUGGGUGCGAUACAAGGAGUGCCAGGCCCCGAAAGCGAAUCAGAUGUCGAGAUAAUGGAUGCACGCUAUGUUUCUGGACGUAUCCAACCAUCUACAGAGGCCGACCACAAGGUUGGAAGAAGUUCUACACCUGGAGUUAGAUGCCCCACCUGCGCUUUGGAAGAUGAGGAUACUCUAGACAUUCAUGAUUCGUUCAGAGCGACAAACAUCAACGAUAACGAGAGUUGGUUCCCUUUGUUCACAGCGACAGGCGUCAGUGAUGAGGAGCGGCUGCAUUCAACUUCUGAAGGACUCAAGAAGAAACAAGUAUCGUGUCCGAGCUUCUCAGUCAAUGGUUAUUGUAUGGACGGAGCUGAAUGCCCAUUCAUCCAUGAUCCGGCCAUGAUAUCCACUUCCGACCUGUCUAGCAACCAAACUAGCACCAUGGAUCCUUUGCCGGAUCCCGAACUAACGAUGAAAAGUAAUGAAAUCAAGGUUUGGAAGGCUUUGUGUGCACUAGAGGACGAAUUGGAAGUAGGAUGGCGUCCAAUUUGCAGAUUGGCCAUUGGCUCAGACGAUGGUUCAACAAAAAAGGGAGACGAACGGCUCGGACUCAUCAAUGGAAUUCAUUCAAAUAUUAUAAAGAAGCUGAGGCGAAUUGAACAGCUCAGCACGCCUGAUAUCGUGGCAAAGAGAGGCCAGAUAGAGGUAAAGGUCGACGAGCUUUUAGCGAAACUAGGUCCCCACCGGCUCAGGGCGAACUUGGCCCUGCGGACGAUUCUGAUGUCUGUCCUUUACACCCAUCUCAUAUUGAGGACGGUGCUUACUUCCGAGCAGCAUGAUUCUCAUGAAGAUGCCGACUCUUCCAUUGGGACCGAUACCGAGAGCUCAACCGCCUCUGUUUCUGCUAGCAUCCUUGAAUACCGUCGAAGCCAGGGGCGCACGUACCACAGCGAUAAAUUCACCGCGAAUUACUUCUUCCCCAACGAUGAUCAACAAGUUGAGUCUAUGGAUUUGACCCACCACUACUUGACGCUUCUUUUGGACGGUGAACUGUUUCUUGCCCCUCUCAAAAUGGAUUCUACAGAGCGAGUUCUAGAUGUUGGUACCGGAAGCGGUAUCUGGGCCAUUGAAUUUGCCGACCGAUAUCCCAACACAGAAGUAGUCGGCACAGAUCUGUCCCCUUGCCAGCCCCAAUGGGUUCCCCCGAAUCUUCGUUUUGAAAUCGACGAUGUCACACAACCUUGGACGUGGAAGGAAGAUUACUUCAGCUUCAUUCACAUCCGAUAUCUUUUUGGUGCUAUCAAAGACUGGAAUAGUCUCUUUAGCGAGGCAUACCGAUGUUGUGCACUAGGCGGCUGGGUCCAAUCAGGCGAGGCCGAUGUCACAUUCCGUAGUGACGAUGGAACUACCGAGCUGGAACCUGUUUUCAAAACCUACCAGAAGCUCUUUGAGGAAGGUAGUCAGAUUCUAGGCAACCCCUUCUUUGUCCACGAUUUGCAACAGAAGGCUUUUGAAGAGGCUGGAUUCACAGAUGUUGAGACUGUUGAUUACAAGUUCCCAAUUGGCGGUUGGCCCAAAGAUCUAAAGCUCGCUGAGGUUGGACGGUUUGUGAAGGCCACACUGGAGAACGAUUUGGAGGGUUACACUCUUAUGAUGUGGCAAGACGUUUGCCAAUGGCCCAAAGAUGAAUACCAGGUGUUUCUCAUGAAUUUGCGUAAGGCCAUACGCAACCCAAAGGUACACAGUUACAUGACUGUACGUUACGUGUACGGUCGUAAGUAG